AGUUGUGUGACAAUGCGUUUGAAAUUCCGUCCAGUGUUUUUAGCGGUGCUAUCGCUAGUGGCAGUGCUUGCAACGCCAUCUGAGGGGGCAAACAUUCUGGGACUGUUCAGUAGUCACAGUCAAUCCCAUUUGAUAAUCCAUAUGUCGGUGGCAAAGGCUUUGGCCAAAGCAGGUCACAAUGUGACAGUUGUUUCAAUGCUGGAGCCCAAAGUAAAGUCCAAGGAUAUACAUGUAAUUGUGAUACCAGUUACCGAUGAGCAAGAAGCCAUUUUAGAGGAUCAAAUGAAGGAGAUGGCCUCACAGAAGAAUACAGUUUUUGCCACAAUGAAUCGUCUAUUAAGUGGCAUGACUGUGAUGAUUGAAUCGCAAUAUGAAUUACUUUCGCAUCCAAAAUUUCAACAGAUAUACGAUACAAAAUUCGAUCUAAUGAUAAUGGGUUGGUUUAUCAAUGAUUUCCAAUUGGGCGUGGCAGCUAAACUGAAAGUGCCAGUUAUAGUCGAUUGGAUGAAUGCUCCCAUGGCUAUUAUUGAUGGCUAUGUGGCUAAUCCAUCAGAAUUGUCAUACGUGCCAAGUAUGUUUACUGGAGUUCCAAAAGGUGAAGUGAUGGGUUUCCGUCACAGACUCCAAAAUUAUGUCACUGAUUGGAUACUCACCUAUUUGUUUCAUGUAUUUGACUUACGCCUAACUGGCUAUUACAACGAGCAAUUUGGAAAGGAGACCAAUUUUCCCACUCUGGCUGAAUUGAGACGAAAUGUAUCACUUGUCUUUGUGAAUUGUCAUUUGAUCAGCGAGGGACCAAUAAGACCCUUAGUGCCAGCCACUAUUCAGAUUGGUGGAAUACAAAUAAAGGAUACCCCUGAUCCGUUACCCAAAGAUAUUGAAGAGUUUCUAUCAAAGUCUGAACAUGGUGCUAUACUGCUCUCAAUGGGCUCCAAUAUCAAGAGUUCUGCAGUGAAACCAGAACUGAAUAAAAAUAUGUUCAAUGUGUUAUCUAAGCUAAAACAAAAUGUGAUAUGGAAAUGGGAAAACUUGGAUGACUUGCCAGGCAAGUCGGCGAAUAUUUUCUACACAAAGUGGUUACCCCAGGACGAUAUCUUGGCCCAUCCCAAGACGAAGCUGUUUAUUACCCAUGCUGGUAAAGGUGGUAUCACAGAAGCCCAAUAUCAUGGUGUACCCAUGGUAGCUCUACCAAUUUUUGGAGAUCAGCCGGGUAAUGCUGAGAAAAUGCAAAAUUCCGGCUAUGGUUUAAGCUUGGAUCUAUUGACUCUAACGGAGGAGAAUUUUGGUGCUGCUCUUCGUGAGGUCUUGGAGAAUGGAAAAUAUGCUCAGGAAAUUGGACAAUUUUCCGUUCUUUACAGAGAUAGACCUCUAACUGCCCGUCAGGAGGUUGUCUACUGGGCUGAAUAUAUCUUACGCCAUAAGGGGGCCCCGCAUUUGCAGAGCCCGCGCGUACAUAUGAGUACUAUAGCUGCCUAUAAUCUGGACGUUUAUGCCCUGCUGAUAACGGUAUUGAUAAUAAGUUUGUUGUUAACUACUUUGGCGUUCAAAUUUGUAUUACGCAAAGUCUUUGGCAAAGGAUCGUCACAAAAAAAUUCAAAGAAACUGAAAAAACAAUGAACUGCAAAAAUAUAUUAUGUAUUCUAUCUGUGUAGUUUGUAUGUAUGUUAAAUUCUAGUCUGCAUGAGUCUAAGGAUUAAAUUGUUGUAAAUAUUAAAAAAAAAAAAUUGAUUAUAUUGUUAUGAGUCACAUUUUUCUUAACAAGUUUUUGUUGAUAAGAAAGAGAUUAAAAUAGUUAAACCCAAACUACUUACAGGUGUUUAUGCUUUGACGAAGAUAAUGAUAUUGAAAUAAACAAAAUUUUCUUAUCAACACAAAAGAAGGUCACAAAACAACAUAGAAAUAUCUAACUAUUGUGAGCACUCGAAAAAUUCAGUUUUUUUUUUUGAAAUAGACCAUAAAUUGAAUGAAUUAAUUUAAAAUUUCACAUUUUCAAACUAUAAAAUGAAGCAUGUAAAUAUUUUUGGGAAAACAUCGACGUUAAAAAUAUUUUGUCUGAUUUCUAAAAUGUGACUCAAAGAUAAAUGACCAAUUCUGUACAUAAAGAAUCUUAUCAAAAUUGCUUAGAAAUUUAGCUGUGUAGAUUUUAAAUU